GUGUGCAUGAACAGUGCACAAACUAUUUAGACCCAAACUUACACAACCGCCAACGUGUCUAGUGAGAGGAGAGGAAAGAGAAUUUUAAUGGUGACAUCAUUUCUACUAGUGGACUCCGAAGACUCCAAACGUGUGUAGUGAGAGGAAAGGAAGGGACUUCUAACAUUAAUCUACAAGUACUGUAAGAUCUGAAAACACAGCAAAGAUCAACAUAACUUUUACUGAUGUCCCGCGGAGGGUGUACAGCAGAAUCCAGCAGCAUGCGAUACUGACAGAAUGACAGCUCCGUGGCUUGAAACUUCCCACUGGCUUGACUCCACCCUUCCACCAGUGACCCUUCCCCUUAGCAACCACACGGUGAAGACAUUGACUAGCAACCAGUCCUGUAGCGGUGAGGAUGAGGUCUUUAAAUACAGAGCCUACACCGUCACCUAUCUACUUGUGUUCCCGAUAGCAUUGCUUUUCAACAGCGGAGCGCUGUUCGUGUUCCUGCGACUGAAGUCCAAACGCUCUCCCUCUUCCAUUCUCAUGACCAACCUUGCCCUAUCAGACGCAUGCUUCUCCCUUACCCUGCCGUUUCGAUUGGCCUACUACUUCAGGGGUGCUCACUGGGACCUCCCUGAUUGGCUGUGCCGACUCUGUGUGUUCUGCUUCUACCUCAACCUCUACACCAGCAUUCUCUUCCUGACUGGACUGAGCGUGCUCCGUUGGCUGGCCGUGCUGAAGCCUCUUCAUCAUCGAGCCUUGGCCACGCCCCACCGAGCUUCAUUGGCCUGUUUGGGCAUCUGGUUGUUUGUGGGUGGAACUUCGGUACCCUUCCUAUUUUCGGGGACCAGGGUGAGGGCGGGACUAACACGCUGCUUCGAGCCCCGUAACUCCGCCUCCUGGAAGAGGAUCUUCAUUCUCAACUACGUGGGCGUGACAUUCGGCUUCCUGAUCCCAUUCGUCACCAUCCUUGGUUGCUACGGUAGCAUCAUCCGCCGACUGACAGCUACAGCCAUAAACCAGAAUCUACAGACAGGAAGCCUGAAGAGUAGCCAUGGGAGACGUCAUCGCCAGUCUCUGUGUCUAGUCGCCAUGGUGAUCUGCACAUUUCUACUGUGCUUCCUGCCCUAUCACGUGGCUCGCUCGAUGCACCUGCACGCGGUGGUGGGCGGGUGGGGCUGCGUUGUUACUGCAACACAGCAGCGGGUGUUGGUGGUGACGCUAUGUCUGGCGGCGGCCAACAGCGUGCUGAACCCUCUGUUGUAUUACUGUGCCGGGAAGUCCUUCAGAACGACCAUACGCAAUGCCUCGUCACGACGACGGUCCCUCUCCUCCCUCACUCAGGGCAGCUUGCUGUACUCUCAUAGGAAGAGGAGUAUUCCAACAAAACCCACAAUGCUAGACACACCCCUCGCUCAACCCCUAUCCCUUCCUGAGUCCAUACCAGACACACUCAGCCCUGUGAACAACAGUCCAUAA